CGAUAGGACGCAGUUAAAUGUACACCCCUAUGUUAACAGGGUGUCUGGUGGUUGAUAUUAGUGUUAAAAAUUAUAAGUGAAACUCAGAUUUAGCUCUAUGGGUUGUCUGGGAGAGUGCUGGGACAUGGGUCCACCUCCCGACAGCAUCCUUAGCCUCCCGCCGCCUCCGAUACCCGCGUUUUUGCAACACCCUUUACCAGAUUUGUUGCUUAAUACGACUCCGUGUUCUUCGACCCAACUGUGUGAAUCUCUCCCACCGUCGAACAGGAUUCCUGAUAAUGGAGAUUAUGUGGAAAUGUCAAGAAAAGACAUUGAGACGUGGUCAGUAACUACCAUCGACGACACAUGGCUUCUCGUGCUCGUAGCAUCAUCCAUCGGCGUUCUUCUCCUCGGAGCCCUCCUAGCAAUGUUUCUUCUGAAAUGCAGAGAAAUGAACAUGUUCGACGGCAACGAAUGCUCACUCUCCCGCGACCACCGUCAGAUCAAGAACCAUGAACCCCGUGAAUGUACUUCGGUGUCCAACCUCAACGGCAACAAACUGGUCCACCCGUCCGAGACCGUAAUGUACCACGGUGGGGGCAACGUCCAGGACAACCGUAUGGUAUGGGCGGCCCUGACGCCCCAUGGCACUCAGCACUUCAUUUCAGAGAAUUACCCUGGCGACCUCAUCGACUAUGGCGAGGCAGACGACCACUACGAAACCGUUGACAACCUCAACAUUCAGCCGGUGCUAUCGCACCCCUCAUACAACCCGUAUAAAGGUUUGACCUUGAAAUUGGUCCGCGAGAAAUCCAGUUUUGAUAAUUCUGGCUUCGUAGAUUAUGACUACGAAGAGCCGACGCCUUUGAUAGAGAGUUACCAGUUAAACGAUAUGGAGAACAGGGAUGGGCAGUACCAGGUUUUGGGCAACACUGAUAUGAGAUGCGCUAGUCUGGGUUAUGCCGGGAACACGCUCAGAAGGGGAGUUCCUAUCAGACCCAGGGUGUCUUCGCCCACGCGAAUUGAGAACCCCAAUCUCCCCCCGCUUAACUUGUACCCUCACAAAGGUAACACUUUGAAGAGGAACACAAUGAGUUAUCGAAAUGUCGAUACUGGUACGUUGCCCAAAUAUGGGUGUUAAUGGUAGCUUUAAUAAGGAGAUUUUUAUUACCCCAAUAAGAUGUGCUAUGUUUCACCCCUCACGUACUCAAGCGAUUUGUAUAUUAUUCUUAGAUGUACUUUACUUUGUCUACUCUCAAUGUUAAUUGUUUGUUCGUUUUAAUGGGCCAGGCAAACUCAUCGAAGUUCAAUAAAGCAUUUGUUAAUGUA